AUGUACGACUGGUAGAGAAGAGAAGAUACAAAGAAUCUCCUGAGACAUGAUAUAAGCGAAAAAAACAAAAAUGAUAAAAGCCAUAGCAAUAAUAUUAAAUAGAAUGGAAAUAGUGCUACUCCUUCAAAAUAAAAAUAGAACUACCCUAUUCAUCAUUUAAAUAUUAGCUCCAAUAUAUUUAAUACGGAUUCUAAAAAUGUAGAUAUUAGUGCAGAAAAGAAAAUUAGGUCUCGUAGUAAUAAAAAUUAUGAACACUCACCUAUUUUUGGUUAUGAAAGAAACAAAACAGAAAUGAAUGAUAAUUCAUCUGCUAAAAAAGACAAUAAAGUAGGAAAGACUCGCACAAAUAACACAUUUACCUCUUAAAUAUUCAAACAGGAAGAAAAUUAAUUUGAAAAUCAAAGCGAAAUGCAAUAGAAUAAUGAAAAAUAUCAAAACUAACAAAAAUUCAAAAAUAGAAAUGCAAGUAAUAAAAGCUAAAUAGUACUUAGCCAUAAGGAGAAUAACGAUGAUCAAACUUAUAAAGUUUUUUAGUAAAAGAAGCGCAUUACUUAAAAUGAUAGCAACAUAUUCAAACCUCUUACUCCAACAUCAGCGAGGUAAAAUUAAUAUAAAAUUAAAGAUCAUUCAACUGCUGAAAUUUUUGGAGAAGAACCUCAAGAAUGUAUAAGAAAACCACAUCCAAAGCCAUUUGAACCAACAUACAGCCAUCGUCAAGAAAGUCCUGCUUAAAAAAAAAUAAUGCACUUUUAUGCAAGCAGGGAUAAUAAUGGAGAUGUAAUUCCAAUAUCAUCUCGCGUAGAACGUUGCCAUACAUCUCAUGAAACUAGAGAAUCAGGCUAAAAUAGCUUUUUAUCAAAUAACUAGAAAUAAGGUAUAAGUGGUAGUACAAGUGAAGCAGUAAUAAGGAAUUAUACACCUUAAAUGAAAAAGCAAAUGCAAAUUUUAGGUAGUUUUAGUAAGUACAAUGAACCUUAAAUGAUCAAUAAAAACUUAAAGGAAGUAGAAAAAUACAAAAAUGAAAUACGUAGCGGCAACGAUGAAUGGUGGAAAAAAGUAGAGAAGGCUAAAAAUAAUGUUGACUGUUUUCUUAGCAAUAAAUAAAUAGCAGAACAAUAAAAAUAUAAAUAAUUAAAGAGUGAUUUCUUUGAUGAAAUCAACAAUUAGAUUUUUGGAGGAACUAAAGAUAUAAAUGAUCCUAAUAGUAUUACAGCUGAAGAAAUAGGAGUACGUCCUUAAGUACCUUAAUAGCAUUAAUUGCAAUAAAAGUAGUAAAAAUGGUAGUUAGAUAAUACUAAUGAAGAGCAAAGACGUAAAGACCAACAAUACAGUGACCUAUUUGGCUAUGGUUAAACAUAAGCACCCCAGAAAAAUUAGAAAUAAGAUGCAAUCUUCCCAGCUAAUUUCAAAAGCAGCCAAUACGACUCUAUUAAAUUCAAAACAGAUUAUCCCAGUGCAAAUAUAUAAUAUUAGAAGAAAAAUGAGUAAUCAUUUUAAGAAAAGCAUAUAUAAAGUAAAGAAUAAAUAAACAAAGUGGAAGAAAAUAGCCAGCAAGAAGAUUCUGAAAAAAUAGGUUUAAGUUAGCAUUCAGAUUAAAGAUUCUAUGCAAAUUUAAGUAGUUGCUUAGAUUAAAGUGGAUACAGGAAUAACUACAGUAAAAAUAAUACAUGGAAAGAGGAAAAGAAUCUUAAAUUUGAUAAAUAUCAAGUUAAUUAAAAAUGCUAAGAGGAUUAACAUAAUGUAUCAAUUAAUUUUGGCUGUCCUAAAAAUGAUGAAGGAAAAAAUCAAAGAAUUAUAGAAAUAGAUUUCAAAAAUCUUUCUGAUAAAUUUGACUAGAGUGAAUUUAAGCGUUAUUGCUCAAGAAAAGGCAUACACUUAGUAGAUUUCUAAUAUGAUUUCAACAAACUUAAUAAUAAAAUAGCUGGAACAGGCUAACUUAAAAUAAGAGAUAUGCAUUAGGAUACAAAUAACAUUGAAAAUGUAAAGGAUCAUCUUCGUCAAUAAGGAUUAGUUAUAAAAAGCAGUAGAGUAUCUUUAUCAACUCAAUCAUUUAACUAUAACAGUGGAACUCAUAACCCCCAUAAAAAUUAAAUGCUGCAACCAGUGGAGUCUCCAAAUUCUUCAUUCAAUCCUAACAUUACUCCAUAGCAAAGUUUACAAUUGAAAGGAAAGGUAAAUAAAAAAAAUUAAGAAAGCAAAGGAUUUAAGCUUUUAGUCACGAAGAAGAAAUAACAAAAUAUUGAAAGUGAAACUUAAAAGAACUAAAUUAACUAAGGAAAUAUUUAACAGAACUCGAAAUUAUAUGAUACUGCAAGAAGUGAAAUAGAUACUGCUAAAAAAGUUGUAGAAAAUCACAACUGGAAGAAAGCUAUAGAUGGUGUUUCAAAGGAAAAUAAAAAAAAUCAAGAAAUAAGGGCUAAAUCAGCACUCAUCAAUAGAAAAACUCCAAAUAAGGAAUGA